AUGUUUCUUUCUUUCCGGCCUAGAGCCGGUUGCUUGUUUUGUAAAUGGAACCGCGCCACUCCGAGCCAGUCCAAUCGAGGCCUAGCACAAUUUCAUAAUGGUGACAGGAGAAGAUUAUCAGCUUUUUGGGUCCCGACUGGUGGCAUUGCUCAAAAGGGAGAGGAUGAAGAUGGGAAUGAGCUCUUGUUGAGGGCCGGCUUUCUUCGACAGGCCUACUCGGGAAUAUUUCAUCUACUGCCUCUUGGCCUUCGUGUUCAACAAAAGCUAGAGCUUCUCAUAGAUAAACACAUGCAAUCAUUAGGUGCUUCUAAACUGUCAUUAUCUUCUGUCUCUUCACAGGCACUAUGGGUGAAAUCAGGAAGGCUGAAUGCUGAUUCCGAGGUAUUCCGGUUUGAAGACCGCAAGGGAACUCCUCUUCUCCUUGCUCCUACGCAUGAAGAAGAGAUGACUAUACUCGUGGGUACCUUGGUCAAAUCUUACAAAGAUCUACCCUUGCGAGUGUAUCAAAUCUCAAGAAAAUAUAGAGACGAACCUAGGCCUCGCCAGGGAUUGCUCCGUGGAAGAGAAUUUUUAAUGAAGGAUCUUUAUACAUUUGAUUGUAGUGUGGUAGACGCCAUGAGGACUUACCAUUUAGUUAAAGAAGCUUACAUGCAGUUUUUUGCGGAACUGAAACUUCCCUACAUGGUUGCUGCUGCUGACUCUGGCAAUAUGGGGGGGGGUGUUAGCCAUGAAUUCCAUUUUCCAAGCUUGCAUGGUGAAGAUACAUUGAUCAGCUGCACAAACUGCAACCAUGUUUUCAAUGAAGAGCUGGCUGAUGGUCGCUUCGCUGAACACCUGACUGAACAAAGGACAGGCUGUUUUGGUUUACAAGAGCCCGAUUAUAUCCCUGGUGCAUUUGGCCCGCAGGAAGCCUUCGCAAUAUCUACUGGGGUAUGGAAUUGCAUUUCAAAGGACGAAAACACAUUGAUCCGAGCCUACUAUCCAAAGUUUCUGACAGACGCCAAUGCUGUAGACGCCAGUGAAAGAGUGGUCAAUCCUCACGCCAUUCGGUCAAUUGCAAUGCGUGUCGGAAUUGAUAUUGACCUAAGUGUGAAGAAUCCAUUUCAAGUGUGGAAAUGCCUUGUGGAGCAGGCCAAAACUAAGCAACCAAAUGUUUUAGAUGUCUAUGAUUACCGCGUGCAACCAUUCAACAGUCCACCACCUUUAGAUGAGCGAUUUGACAGCAAAUCGCCCACGGAACUCCAGGUGACCUUCUCUUGCUUAAGUAAGGACCAAGGUACUGAAAGCUGCCUUGACUUGAUAAGCAUUCAGCCUGGCGAUAGAUGUCAUAAGUGCGAACAACAUACACUUCAAACUCAUGCUGCUGUUGAAUUAGGGCAUACCUUUUAUCUGGGAACAAGAUACAGUGUUCCUCUGAACGCAACUAUUGCUACACGCCCUUCAAAUUCCAAUGCUACGAUGAAGACAGUCGUUCCUCUUGAGAUGGGCUGUUAUGGAAUUGGGAUAUCGCGUAUGAUUUCUGCAGUUGCUUUUGCACUUGCGGACUCCAAAGGCCUCAACUGGCCCCAAGUUAUUGCUCCUUUUUCUGUUUGCAUCAUUUUUGCCAUCGGCCUACAAAAUGAUGCCGAGUUGGUGUACGACACUAUUAUUUCGACCCAUUCGGAGUCAAUUGACCCUAUUAUAGAUGACCGACAGAAGGAUUUUGCUUGGAAAAUGAGGGAUGCAGAUCUCAUUGGCUUUCCAGUGAUUUUGAUAUUGGGGAGGGCAUGGGUAUUGGAAAGAAAAGUUGAAGUACAAUGCCGAAGGCUAAACAAUCUUUGCAUGAAUAUUUGUUUAAAAGAUCUUUCCUCCUUUGUUUCCAUGCUUCUUAAAAAGCUUUGA